ACUAUACACGGAAUUUGAUCGUUCCGAAAGACCUCUAAGCUAGUUACUUUGCCAACAUCAACGAUCUCCCAAUUGGCACAUCUAUACGUCCUGACGGGCCGAUGACGAAUCAGCGCUGAUGCGUAGGUGAUCGAUGCCAACAGACCAGGAAAUCAGUUAGCUACACCAAGACCAGUCCACAUGAAGUUCUGGGUGACUUCCUCCGCUGCCUUGUUGGCCCUCAACAUCGUCGGCGCUCUCGACGCUCAUGGAUGGCGGCAGCAGUCGAUCUACCAGCUCUUGACCGAUCGGUUUGCGAGAGAGGAUGACGUCGAAGCUCCAUGUAACCUGAUCGCUAGGCAGUAUUGUGGAGGAACUUGGAAAGGCACAAUCGACAAGCUGGAUUAUAUUCAGGGUAUGGGCUUCACAGCGAUCUGGAUCAGUCCUGUAUCGGCGAACCUGCCAGAAGGCUAUCAUGGCUACUACACGACCGACUUUUACCAGAUCAAUCCCAGAUUUGGUACGGCCCAAGACCUCAAAAACCUCUCGGCCGAGCUACAUCGGAGGGGCAUGUACCUCAUGCUCGACGUCAUCGCGAACCACGUAGCGGUGCCGCGUCGGAGCAAAUUCCGACCUUCCGAUGGUACGUGGGGGGUCUUCAAUCAGGACGACGACUUUCAUAAGCUUCAGUGGUGUCGGGACUGGGAAAACCAGCUGGAGGUCGAGCAGUGUUGGCUGGGUGAAAAGGGUGACAUCGCAUUGCCGGAUCUGAAUACCGAAAAUCCAAAGGUCGUCCUGGAGCUACAGAGAAUAGUACACUGGCUGGUCCAGGAAUUCUCUGUGGACGGCCUCAGAGUUGACACGCUCAAGCAUAUACGCAAGAGUUUUUGGCCCGAUUACGAAAAGGCCGCUGGCGUCUGGUGUACGGGAGAAGUGCUGCAUGGAGAUCCCGCAUAUACCCUACCGUAUCAAGGUAGCGCGCUCAGCUCUGUCCUCAACUACCCCCUUUACUUUACCCUUAGGCGUGCCUUUCAAAGUCCUGACGGUUUCAUGAUAGAAUUGACCGACAUGAUAUUACGUAUCCAACACGAAGCUGUGGACCCUACGACCCUUACGACCUUCUUAGACAAUCAUGACCUGCCACGAUUCGCUCAUGAAACCAGCGACGAAGCCCUCCGUUUGAAUGCAUUAGCGUACCCAUUCUUGGGGGAUGGCAUACCUAUAACAUACAGCGGUGCCGAGCAAGGGUAUUCGGGAGGCGAAGAUCCGCUUAAUCGAGAACCGAUGUGGUUAUCUAAAUUUGACACCAGCUCAAGGCUGUACAGUUUCGUGGCCAGGCUCAACGCGGCUCGAGCUCUCGCGUAAGCUAGCUCGUUGGGCUCGCUUGACCAGCGAUCCUAAAAUUCUCACUUACGAGUAUUGGAGAUUCCUCACCGUAGUCUCCGUUACGUCCGAGACUACAGCACAGCCCUAACUAUUCCCCUUGUCACGACCGAUCACGAUAUAGUGCUCUAUCGCUUCCCGCUCCUGUCUAUCUUGACCAAUCGAGGUAGCAAUCAGCCGGAUGACCGUACCAUCGCGUUCACCGUCCCUGGCAUGAAAGCUGGAGACGUAUUGGUCAACAUUGCGAAGCUAGGAUCCCUCGAUCAUGCAGACAAAUACCUCUCUGUAGGCAUCGGUGGCUCAGUCAGGGCGACCAUCCAUAGAGGGCAGCCAUCGGUAAAG